UCUCUGUGUAUCUUUUCCUGUCACCUGUCUGAAGCUUUGUUUAUGUUCGCAGGAAUUCAAGAGGUCGCUCCGACACCAGUGUUUCAACCUCAGUACAGCAUAGCGGAGGAGUGUGUUUCAUACUGCCAGCCUUCCCAGGUCAAAGUCAGGAUGAACUUGGAGACUUAUUGUCUGAAGGACUUCGUGCUGAAGGUGCAGGUGCGAGGGAUGGAGCGUUCAGGUCCCUGGUGGCAGUUCUCCAUCUCGGUCCAAACCGUCUUCCGGGCAGGGUCCAAAUCCCGCAUCCGAAAGGGCCAGCAGUCCCUCUGGGUCCCCGACCGAGACCUGGGCUGCGGCUGCCCCUCCCUCCACGUGGGCCGGACCUUCCUGCUGAUCGGUGCGGAGGAGGGGGAGCGGGGCUUGGGCCCGGAGGAGAGUCGCCUGGUGGCGGACCGCUCCACCCUGGCCCUCCAGUGGCGGGAACACUGGAGCCCCAAACUCAGGGGCUUCCGGGGGCAGGACAAGAGGGGCCGCUGCCCGCCGAAAUCCCCCCACGAGCACCACCAUCACAGGGAACGAACAAACCCCCAGUCUGGGUACAUCCCCCCUCACCUGCUGACUGAGAAACAAAGCGAGGACACACACGUGGACACACACAUAGAGGACACUCAAACAUCAGUGGUGCCACACACACAGUCCCGCACACAGGUGAAACCCACAGAGGAGACACCAUCGCCUACCCCCGCUCUGGUUUGCUCCACUCAAGGUCCUGUUCACAGAGAGACAUAAAAACAAGAAAUGCAAGGCUUCAGAGUUUUAUAUUUUUACAGAAAGUUUCAGGAGGCAUGACUUUUGCUUCUUCAGCCUGGACAAACUCCCCUUCACACACACACACACACACACACACACACACACACACACACACACACACACACACACACACACACAGCUAUAAUAUGACGUUCAAAUUAAUAUCUAAAGCUGUGAAGAAACACACGUUUCCUCAUGUACAGUGGCUAUCUGUAUGUGGGUUUUAUUGGAGGGUAUUUGCCAACUUUCAACCAAAUCGCUCACUGAUGAUCAAAAUACACACAACUUGUGCCAUGUGAAAUAUAUAUUGUAAGAAUGUUCAUAUUUUAUAAAAAAAUUAUUAUUGAAAAUUAAAGACGGACACAUUUUUCUGACUGUAAUAGAGGGCUGUUUUCGUCUAAUAAAGAUUUUUUUU